AUGGCUGACCCCCUUUCUCCACCUCCACCACAAAAUCCUAAAAUUUUGGAAGUUGAGUUACCAGCCAAAACCAAUGUCGUGAGCACCUCCAACCGCCGCAGCAGCCCAAAUGCCACCGGAAAACAUCCUACAUAUCGUGGGAUACGAAGUCGCAGUGUCAAAUGGGUUUCGGAGAUUCGGGAGCCACGUACAAGCAAGCGUAUCUGGCUGGGGACUUACCCAAGGCCGGAGAUGGCAGCGGCAGCAUACGAUGUGGCUGCGUUGUCGCUCAAAACCAUUUGGGUUUUAUCACCGUCACCUACCACAACUUCGCUGACGUCAAAACUUAAUCGCCGGAGAAGAUUGCCGGAAAACGAGCGGUUGUAG